AUGGCGCACGACGGUGUAGCAGAGCACUACCAAGUUUUGGAGGAGCUUGGUCGUGGUAGCUUCGGCGUGGUUUACAAAGGCAUCGAAAAGGCCACUGGUGAGACCGUGGCUAUUAAGCACAUCGAUCUCGAAUCCAACGACGAUGACAUCCAAGAUAUCCAGGCGGAAAUAGCCGUUCUUAGCACGUGUGCCAGUCCGUUUGUAACCCAAUAUAAAGGCUCUUUCCUUCGCGGACACAAGCUUUGGAUUGUCAUGGAAUACCUUGGAGGCGGUUCUUGCCUCGACCUCUUAAAACCUGCCAAUUUCAGCGAGACACACAUAGCCAUUAUUUGCCGCGAGCUGUUGCUGGGCAUUCAGUAUCUUCACACUGAGGGCAAGAUCCACCGAGACAUCAAGGCUGCCAAUGUUCUGCUCUCAGAGACAGGCAAAGUAAAGUUGGCAGAUUUUGGUGUUGCCGCCCAAUUGACAAACAUCAAGUCACAGAGAAACACAUUUGUCGGUACGCCUUUUUGGAUGGCCCCAGAGGUAAUCCAACAAGACGGAUACAGCUUCAAGGCAGAUAUCUGGUCUCUGGGUAUAACAGCAAUGGAAAUGGCAAACGGAGAACCACCGCUGUGCCACAUCCAUCCCAUGAAGGUUCUUUUCCAUAUUCCCAAAAAUGCACCACCAAGACUCGAAGGCGACUUCAGCAGAGACUUCAAAGACUUUGUAGCCCAGUGUCUCACAAAAGACUAUGACCGCAGACCUUCAGCAAGGGACCUGUUGAAGCAUCGUUUUAUUCGUGGAGCCGGCAAAAUUGAGGCGCUCCAAGAGCUCAUCGCCCGCCGCCAAAUGUGGGAUGCCAACCAGAAUCGGCAGAAGCACCCCAUCUACUACCAAGAAACCCUACAAACAAUAUCACCAAAGGAUGAAGACCAAGAAUGGGUAUUUGAUACUGUCAAGUCAGUCGCCGUUUUGCCACCCAAGAGGCCAACCAUCAGACAUCGCAAGCCGUCAUCCAUGUUGGCCACUGACGAAGGUUUGCGAAAACUCGAUAUUGCUGAGGGACCCCUUGGACCCUCGUCACCAGCGACUGGAACAGUUCGAAAAUCCACAGUUCGCCGCACUCCAUCCCUGGCUCAAUCCAAUUCAAUUCGGUCUAGCGGAUCACCUCGUCCUCCCGUUGCAGCGAAGAAGCCAUUACAGCCAGAUAUGUCUUUUGGAAACUCAGGGUCAACUAUGCGUUUGUUCCGACGUGUUCCUUCAGACAGCUCAACCAACGGCCAAAUCGGCAGACCAUCGUCGCCUGAUGACGUAUUUUGCGACGAGAAUCUUCCCCUCCCUAUUGCAUCACCUGUCGAGCCUUACGGCAAGGAAGCUAUCCUGGGCAGACGUCUUUACACCAAGGCCGUAGAGCCUACAUUGGCCGAAUUGCAUGCUCAGACUUCAGCCAUGCAGAAACGCGAGGCAUUGGCCAAACUGUCAGACGCAUUUGCAGCAUUGGAUGCUGUUGAUCCUGAGGGAGCAUAUCACCUCAUGAGCAAUUUGGUUGGCGCAAUGUCACAAGACAACAAGCUCAAUGCUUCGCUGCUCAAACAACCUGCACAAAAAACCCCAUCUGAUGGCACUCCCCAAGGAACCGUCAUUAUCAAGAGCUCUGUCGCUUCCGCGGUUAGUCCCGCUAAACUGAUUCUCAGUUCCAGCAACCCCCAUCUCAAGAGCCACCGUCGACGACAAGCCGAGUCUCCUCGAACCAGCCUCGCUGACAAGGAACUUGAGAGAGAAAAAUCGGCCCUGCUUGAAGAAAAGUAUCCCGGUCGGGAAGCACGAGGCGGCAUGGAGCAUUGCAAGCAGCUGUCCGAGGUCCUAUAUCAGCGGUGGGCUGACAACCUCCGGAUCCGCUGGCCUGCCGUAUAA